AUGGAAAUCGUUUCCGGUCAAAGUAACAAAUUCCAACUUGACGAUCUUCUUCCUGGAACCCGCUACGAAGCCAAUCUUUACUCAAUGGUCGGGCAGAAAGAAUCUGUUCCCCAGCGAAUGCUUUUUGCUACCAUUCCUGAAGAUCCCCACAACGUCGAAGCAGAAAGCAUUUCUGCCAAUAAAGUCAAGCUCACUUGGAAUCACUCGGGCGGUAAUCGAGAACACUACCGAAUCUCUUUCUUUCCCCAUGCUCCAAACGCGUACCCAGAAUCGCCAGCUCUCGUUGAUGGAAUCCUCAACGAAGUGAUUAUCGAAGGACUUGAUGGAAACACAGACUACUUCUUCGUUGUUGCCGCUGAAACUUACAAUGUCUAUUCUGACGGUGCAUUUGCUCAGGCUUCGACUGGCACUGAUUGGUGCUUGCUCAAAGGAACAAAAUGCGGUCCCAUGGGUGAAUGUGUAAACUACGCCAACAUGGGCAAAUGCGAGUGCAAAAAGGGCUACACUGGCGACGGCUUCUCCUGCUCUGACGUAAACGAGUGUCUCACUGGCAAAUCCGAUUGCGAUGAACACGCUUCCUGUACAAACACCAUUGGUAGCCACGUGUGCACUUGCCCCAACGGUUUCAUCGACUUCAAUGGCGACGGAACUCGAUGUGACGAUGUCAACGAGUGCGAUACCAUCCGACCACGAUGCCACAGCUUGGGCCAUUGCGUCAAUUAUCCAGGAACAUACGCUUGCGAAUGUCUCCCAGGCUAUUAUGGCGAUGGAACUUCAAGCUGCGCCGAUGUGGACGAAUGCGUUCAAGACAACCCCUGCUCGGACAAUGCGAUCUGCACCAACACCGUGGGCAGCGUAACCUGCGAGUGCAAAAAGGGCUUCGAGGGCGACGGCUUUACGUGCAAGGAUAUCAACGAGUGCGAAACUGGCGAUCACAACUGCACGCCUCUCGGUGGCAAGUGCUGGAACAAACCGGGCGGCUACGGUUGCAUGUGCAUCGAUGGUUUUAAGGGCAACGGGUGGAAGUGCGAGGACAUCAAUGAGUGCGAAAAGGAUGAUGUUUGUCACGAGCGAGCUGAGUGCUUCAACGAACCUGGGGGAUACAGAUGCAAGUGCAAAACAGGAUACCGAGGCGACGGGGUCAAACUUUGCGUUGACAUGGACGAGUGCGCAGCUGGAAUGCACAAGUGCGAUUCCAAUGCGUCCUGCAAGAACUACGUCGGAACUCAUCGAUGCAAAUGCAAGAAAGGCUUCAAAGAUCUUGGAAGUGCUUUCCGAGGCGAAUGCGAGGACAUUGACGAGUGCGCUGUCAAAAAUCAGUGCACUGGAAAGCCGAAUAUUCAAUGCAUCAAUGUUCCAGGAGGCUACAGAUGCAAAUGCAAGGAGGGCAUGAUUGGUGAUCUUCGAAAAGGAUGCAGAGACCAGGACGAAUGCAUUGCUGGAACUCAUCAAUGCUCUCCUUAUGCGAUUUGCACAAAUACACUCGGCUCCCACAAGUGCGCCUGCCGAGCUGGCUUCAAAGGAGACGGCCUCGCCUGCGAGGACAUCAACGAAUGCGCCACUGGCAACCACAACUGCAACGCCAAGGGAACCAGAUGCGUCAACAAGCCCGGCUCGUUCGAGUGCCAGUGCGCGCCUGGAUACAGUGGAAAUCCGAAAACUGGAUGCUACGAUGUCAACGAGUGCAAAAACGGAGUCGCAACUUGUCCAAAAGACUCUUCCUGCGUCAACAUUUUAGGCAGCUACAAGUGCAACUGUGCCCCGGGAUUUGAAGGCGAUGGCGCUUCCUGCAACGACAUCAACGAAUGCGAAGAUGGAUCUCAUACCUGUCACGCUUCUGCUAAAUGCACCAACACUGUUGGCAGCUACGACUGCUCCUGUCCAACUGGCUUUACCGGCGACGGCUUCAGCUGCACCGACAUCGACGAAUGUGAAAACAACGAACACUCUUGUGGAACCAACGCCGUCUGCGUCAACUUUGAAGGCGGAUACGAUUGCGCUUGCCCCGCUGGAUUCACUAAGGACGGCGUCACUUGCGAAGAGCCCGAUCGUUGCUCUCCAAAUCCUUGUCCGCCAGGCGCUGAGUGCAAAAAUCAGCACGGAACGUUCGUGUGCGCUUGUCCGGAUGGAUUCAAGUCGCGCGCCGGCGUCGGAUGCGUCAACGUCGAUGAAUGCGCCGAGGGACUCGCAGGAUGCCACGAGCACGCGAUUUGCAUCGACAACGAGGGCAGCUUCCAAUGCAAAUGCAAGUCCGGAUACGAAGGAAACGGGCGCGACUGCUCCGACAUUGACGAAUGCGCCAGUUCGAUGGGCAGCGAUUGCGACAGAAACGCCAAAUGCAAGAACGUUAUUGGCGGGCACGAGUGCACCUGCAAACCUGGUUUCAUUGGCGACGGACUCACGUGUGAAAUGGUCGAUGCUUGUCUCGCUGGAGAACACAACUGUAGAUUCCCGAAAGUCUGUAUUCCGCUCAAAAAGGGAGGACACGAAUGUGCUUGCGAUGGAGGUUUCUUUGCUCCGAAAAAUGCUCCGGAUACUUGCGUUGAUAUCGACGAGUGCACCAUGGGCACGCACAAUUGCGAAAAGUGCGAAAAUCGCGAUGGCGGUUUCACCUGCCAAUGUCAAGAAGGACACUUCCGCUCCGGUGGCGUCUGCAGGGAAAGAGACGAGUGUGCUCUUGGGCUUCACGAUUGCGACGUCAAUGCUAGUUGCUUGAACACCGGAAAAGGCUUCAAAUGCCGCUGCAAAGAUGGCUACUCCGGCGACGGAAAAACUUGCGAAGACGUUGACGAGUGCAUUGUAGGAGUCCUGCGCGAAAUGGUCACUCCUAAGAAAGAUAGCGGAAAAACAAUUUCACUUCGAUCAGCUUGUCCUGGUGCCGAGUGCGUCAAUACUGUUGGCAGUUACAAGUGCAAAUGCAAGGAUGGCUUCAAAGUCUCUGCAGGAAAAUGCGUUGACAUCAAUGAAUGCGAUAAUGGCAGCCAUAAUUGCAAGUCUGUUGGUCAAAAAUGCGUCAAUACUGCUGGCUCCUUCAAGUGCAUCUGCGCUGCUGGCUACCUCGGCAGUGGAGAGCAGUGUGUCAAAUCGAAGUGCUCCGCCCUCCGCGACAUUCCUGUCAUUGACAUUACUUCCUGUACCUCGACCGAGUGCGAAAUGGCUUGCACUGAGGGCUUCCGCCGCGUUUCCGGCGAAACUUCGCGCAAAUGCGACUGGCGUGGGAAAUGGGCCUCGAGUUCCGACCAGCUCAAGUGCGAUGACGUCGACGAAUGCGCUGAAGGCACGGCCGAGUGCGAUCUUCGAUACGGUGUUUGUCGCAACACUCGUGGCUCGUACGAAUGCUCCUGUCCCGAAGGAUUCAAGGGAGACGGCAAGACUUGCAUUGAAAUCGACGAGUGCAUCGAGGGAGGUCACAAUUGUGAUGAACAGGCAGAAUGCGCCAAUACAGAAGGUGGAUUCAUUUGCACUUGCAAGGAGGGAUUCUUUGGCUCUGGACAAACCUGCGUUGAUGAUAACGAAUGCCGUGAUACCACGCUUUGCAGCCAGCCGAAUAUGCGCUGCACCAACACCUUUGGCUCCUACAAGUGCACUUGCGAAGACGGUUUCCAACAAAACGGCGACAGCUGCUUGCCCGCAAAAUCUCCCGGAAUCUGUGCAACUAAAAACUGUCACCCAGACGCCUUCUGCAUGGGAAUCGGAAACGAUGCUUCAUGCGUAUGUAAUGCUGGCUUCCGCGGGAACGGUUUCUAUUGCGAGGAUUUGGACGAGUGCGGAUUGGAAAUGCACGAGUGCCACGGCAACGCCACCAACACCCCAGGCAGCUACGAAUGCGUCUGCGCUGAUGGCUACGCAAAGAAUCAAAAAGACGAAUGUGUAAAUGACGUUUGCCGCCACGAGAAAUGUCACAAAAACGCUGAGUGCAAGGUCAUCUCGGGAUGGAAGAAACACGAGGCAAAGUGUGAGUGCUUGGAAGGAUUCGAAGGCGAUGGCGAAAAUAUUUGCGCUGAUAUCAACGAAUGCGCCUUUGAUAUUCACGAUUGUCACGUCGCUGCGAAGUGCACCAACACCCCUGGCUCGUAUGAGUGCUCUUGUCUUGACAGCUACGAAGGAGACGGCAAAGAAUGCUUCAACACGGCCGAGGUCCGCGCUCAACGAAUCGAAGAAGCUCGAAAUGAGGCGAUGCAGUUCUCCAGCGCCACUGGAUCGGCCGAUGAAGAUGGCGAAGAAAUCGACCCAUGUGAGUCGAGCCCUUGUUUUUCCACUCAGCAAUGCUCUCGACUGUCGAAUACAGAAUUCGAGUGCAUCUGUGGAAUGUACGAGACAAUGACACCGACUGGCUACUGUGUUCCAAAAGCAGCAACAGCUCCAAUAAUAACUCAGCAAGAGCAAAAAUCACCAGGAUCUUUUGGAAAACCAGCAGGACCACAGUAUCAAGCGUUCCUGCCAGGAAGAGCGCAAUCUGUUGCUCCGAAGAAGCCAGGAACAAGUACUUGGUCUCGAAGCUUCUUCAAUUCCAACAGUCCGGCCAAGCCAAGUUUCCAGAAGCCCACUGCCAAGCCUGCUUUCGUCCCUCGAACAACUCGAAAACCAAUCACUACUCGCAGACCUGUCACUACUCGAGCACCAACUACUCAGAGAACGACUCAAAGAACACAACCAGCUACAACUCCACUAAGAUGGAUGCCACCAAUGAAGCCAAUUGUUGCUGUUGCUACCAAUCGACCAGUUACAACUCGACCUACUUCGCGAACAACAAUGAACAGUUGGAUGGCUGCGCAGGAGACUACCGACUUCGAAUGCGCCUGCAAGGACGGAUACAAGGGCAAUGGAAUGCUUUGCAUGAAUAUUGACGAGUGCGCGACUGGUGCUCAUACCUGCGCCGCUUCUGAGAAAUGCGAAGACACCAAGGGAAGCUUCAGCUGUGUUGGAGUGAAAUGUCCCCCGAUUGGUACCUUUGAUUUGGCGCUGUUGCUCGAUACAAACGUUGAUAUUGGUGAUUCCGGUCUUGCAGCCACAAAAGCAUUUGCGAAGGAGAUGAUUGAUUCUUUCGAAGUUGGCGCUUCCAGUGCAAAGGUCACCGUUGCUGGUUAUUCAGGAGAAAAAGUGUCACCGUCAGUUUUCCUCCUUGAUUCCGCCACAAGUCCGAAGCCAACUCUUCUCUCAAAAGUCGACAGCAUCAACUUCAGCGGCCGAGACUUGCGAAUCGAGCGAGCUCUCGCAUUCCUCGUCAAUUUCUCCUUCCUUGAGGCAAUGGGUCGAAGACCUGACAAGCCUGGCAUCGCCAUCCUCACAGCCUCAAAGAAAACUUAUUCCGCAUCUGCGUUGGACGCUGUUGUCCGACGAAUUCGAACUGACAAAACAACGCGCUACAUUACCAUCGGCGUCGGUGAAGCUUCAAAAACCGAAAUGGCAUCAGUUUCGGGCAAUCCACAGUACGUUUUCAACAUCGACUCCUACGAUCAACUUCCAUCGCUGAUGCCCAAGAUCAUGGAUCUCAUUUGCGAGAUCGACGCAGAGUACAAUCAAUAA